AUGUUUACAACAACGCUUCAAUUUCAAUUCCAAUUAGACUCCAUUGAUCAUAGAACAAUUUUAUUAGCUUUUAGACGCACUCUACUACUAUUUCUCUUUUCUUCUUCAAUUCUUAUUAGUAGUAGUGUCCAUGGCUACACCACAAGAUCUUAUAUCUUCAUCUAUGCAACUUGUUCUCAAGAGAAAUACCAACCAAACACACCCUUUGAACCAAACUUAAAUUCUUUAUUAUCUUCAAUUGCUACUUCCUCUUCAGAUGUUUCUUACAAUAGCUUUUCCAUUGUUAAUAAUAAUGGAACCUCAUCAUCAACACCUUUAUUAGAAGGUUCCAUAUAUGGCUUGUACCAAUGUAGGGGUGAUUUGGACCCAAUUGAAUGCUCAAAAUGUGUUCAAAAUUCAGUUAACCAAAUAGGGCUAAUUUGUCCCUAUUCACUUAGUGCUUCUUUGCAACUUGAAGGGUGUUACAUAAGAUAUGAACAUUUUGAUUUCUUAGGAAAACUUGACACAAGUCUUAGGUACAAGAAAUGUAACAAAAAUGUUGUGAGCAAUGAUGUUGAGUUCCUUAGGCGAAGGGAUGAUGUUCUUGGUGAUUUGCAAGCAAGAAGAAAUAGUGACUUUAGAGUUAGUAAUUCAGGACUUGUUGAAGGGUAUGCUCAGUGUUUGGGAGAUCUAAGUGCUGAAAAUUGCAACUCGUGCAUGGCAGAAGCAGUGAUGAAGUUGACGAGAUUUUGUGGAUCAGCAGUAUCAGGUGAUGUAUUCUUGGGACAAUGUUAUGCAAGGUAUUGGAAAUCUGGCCACUACAACGAUGAUGAACCAGAUUCUUCGAAUGAGGACCAAGUGGGGAAAUCAAUUGCCAUUAUUGUAGGGGUUGUAUUAGGUCUAGCCAUUCUUGUUGUUGUUCUCUCAAUCUGCAAAAACGCCAUGGUGAAAAGAAUCCAUUGAGGUUAAUAUAAUGCCACAUAUAAUAUAAGUAGG